CGCAGCAGAACUAACCACCAUCUUCAACCACACUUCAGACAUGUUUAUUGUGCUGUACACCUGCAGUGCAUUGAUCUUACCAUGUGUCUGGACACAAAACAGCAUACCGAGUGUGGUUGUUGAGGCGAGGAACAUUACAGUUCCAGUAGGGUCGGAUGUGGUUCUGCCGUGUCAUAACCAGAGGAUGGUUUGGAGGCAGGAUCGUCUGCGUGACCGUCAGCGAGUUGUGCAUUGGGACCUGAUCCGGAACCAACCCGAUUACACCGUGGAGCGAAUUUUAGACAUGUUUUCAGGGGGAACAGAGCGCUUAUACAAUGACUACAACAAAGGCAGAGUCACUAUUGCAAAAGACGCCUUCAGUGAUGGAAACUUCUCACUAGUUAUUAAUAAUGUGGACAUGAAUGAUAAAGGCAUCUAUACCUGCAACCUGCAUCACCACUAUUGCAAAGUCCACCAGUCCGUUCAAAUGCAGCUCAACGUCACCAAAUCACCUCGAAAGGAAAAGCGCGUCUGGGAUGGCGAGAAAGCAGUGUUUGUGGUUCUGGUGGGGAAGAGUGUGGUUCUUCCCUGUGUGAUCCGCAGGCAGUUGUGGACGGAUAGUCAGAGGGAUGAGGGCCAGCAGCAGGUGGUCCACUGGGACUGGCAGGCACCUGGAGUGACCCGUGACCGAGCGGAACGCCUCAUUGACAUGUACGCCUCUGGAGAGAAGCGGCAGUACGGGCCGCUCUACCUUCAAAAAAAGAUGAACAUCUCAGCCGAUGCCUUUUCUCUUGGGGAUUUCUCACUGAGCCUUCAUAACAUUCAGCCAGCUGAUAAAGGCCUGUUUUCCUGCCAUCUUCACCAUCAUUACUGUGGCCUGCAUGAAAGACGGAUCUACAGGUUGAUCCUCGGCCCUUCUGUCCAGGCUUUGCCUCCAGUGCGCUCCUCCACUGAAGCACAGAAAAACCCUGCUCGUACUGUCCUUCCUGCUGAUGAUCCAAAUACAAACAUGGUGGAAGCGCCUCACGUCCUCAAUGUAAUCCUGCCUGAGAAUCAAACCCAUCUACUUCAUCAAGUGGGCUACAUCCUGGUGGUCUUCCUUCUGCUUCUGUUAAUGCUUAUUGGCAUCAUCAUGACCACGAGACACUGCAGAAAGAAAGGGUAUGAGCUUGAUGUUGGAAGGAAUGAGUGUGGUCGAAUGACGUCCAUUGAACUCGAUGUCACAGAACUGCAACCCUACAAUCAGGAAGAUAUGCGACUGAACUACAAGAACAACAUAAUGAAAGAAAGGGCAGAGUCAAACAACUAUCCUUCUCCAAAAGUUAUUGAUUUCAACAGAGAAAUGGAGAGAAUGUCAUGGAAAUGAGUGAUACUGGGCUGCUGGCUGGUCCAGAGCGAGCUGAGCGAGAACAGACUUUGCAUUGAGAACAGGAGUGGAAUUACUGUCUUCUUUUCAUCAUAAUAACUGCUUUCAUGAACUUAUAAUACUCACAUUCUGUCGAUUUAGAUAAAUCAAAUGAAAGUGAAUUAGAUUUCUUAUCAUAACCGCAGCGUACCAUAAGUGUAAUUUUUUAAUUAAAGUUAUAACAUAUGCCAAAUGUGGUUAGGUGGUUUGCUAAGUUCAGCAUUUUGGUGGUACUCUAAAAUUCUCUGUGGUAGAAACCACUGUAAGUGUCUGAUUCUGAAUGGAAAUUUCCUCGUAAAACUCAGGAAGCAAACAUAUAGCUGUGGCUUCAGGUCUAAAUAGUCAAAGAUGGUACACAAUUGAACCUCAAAGGCAAACAAAUGUACUAUUUAUGCCAUUCUGUUGUAUGACAAAAAUAAAAUGUGACUUUUUAAUCUCACAUUUGUGACCUUCAUAAUUCAAAUCUGACUUUUUGUCCGUACAAUUCAGUUUUUUAUCUCACAAUUAUGAAAAAAGUUCUCUAAUUAAGUGAUAAAAAGCUGAAAUUGUAUUAUUUAAUCUUAUUCUGUGCCAGAAACAAGAUACUGAUAUGUGCAUGCAUCUGUUAUUAUGUUUCUUCUAAAUUUUGAGUCUUAUUGACCAGGACUUCUUUGGUCCAUUGUUUUUUUAUAUAUAUAGUUUUUUUUAACGUUACAGUAUGUAGAUGAAUGUUAUGGCACAUUUUGCUUUUCCAAUACAAGCAAGUUCUAUUAUCCUUUCCCCAUCUUCAUUAUUGUUGAUCAGCUUUUUCCUUGGUCAGUAUUGUUUAUUUCCACAGCUUAUGAAGCAUUUGUGCAGUAGUUUUAUUUGAUUUUUGAAUGUACAUUUAUCUUUAAAGUGCCUGUGGAUCAUCAUGCUGGUAUAGAGGACCAAUACAAUAAAGUUUAUUC